CACCACCACUCCCUCUGUCUCUACUCUCGUCCACUCUUUUCUUCAAAGACAAACAGAGUGAGAUAAAAUAGGAGAAAAAAACAAUUAUUCUGCACUAUCUGUGCAGUUUUUUGGGUGGACAUCCCAAAAACCUUUCUACAUUCCUCUCUCUCUCUCUAUAGUGAAAGGCUUUGUCUUGGAUACCGUUAUUCUUCUGAUUUUUCUUUAGUUAUCAUCCACCAUUAAUGCACCAACAUCAUUAGCGCAAUAUCUCCCUCUGAGAUAACAUAUUAGCUGAAAUCAUUCGUUCUCGAAAACCCACAAACAAAUUAAGGAGGGAAGCCCUUAUGGAUCCGUUCUUCCAAUGCCAUCAUUCUGGUACUAUGCUCCUGAGCCUCACUUUUCUUCUCAUUUUCAAAGGGGCUUCAGGUGCCACAUUUACAUUCGUAAACAAGUGUGAUUUCACAGUAUGGCCUGGAAUUCUGUCCAGCGCAGGCAGUCCAAAGCUAGAGAGCACCGGUUUCGAGCUCACAAAAAGCGGCUCUCGCACUUUCCAAGCCCCAACCGGCUGGUCCGGACGCUUCUGGGGCCGGACGGGCUGUAACUUCGACGGCGAAGAUCGCGGGUCCUGCGUUACCGCGGACUGUGGCUCGGGCACCGUCGAAUGCAGCGGCAGGGGGGCCACCCCGCCGGCAACUCUAGCGGAGUUCACGCUCGGUUCCGGAUCACAGGACUUCUACGAUGUGAGCCUGGUCGACGGCUACAACCUGCCGAUGAUCGUGGAAGUGAGUGGCGGGUCGGGUACUUGUGGGUAUACCGGGUGCGUGGAGGACCUGAACCAACGGUGCCCUGCUGAGCUGAGAGUGGAGGGUGGCGGGGCAUGUCGAAGCGCGUGUGAGGCGUUUGGGAAACCAGAGUACUGUUGCAGCGGCGCGUAUAAUACAGCGACGACGUGUAAGCCGUCAUCGUACUCGCAGAUGUUCAAGUCGGCGUGUCCAAAAUCCUACAGCUACGCUUACGAUGAUGCAACCAGCACCUUUACUUGUACCGGAGCUGAUUAUACCAUCACAUUUUGUCCUUCCCCUCCCAGGUUAAAAUCUUCAAGAGAUUCUCCUAAUUCCACGGGAACAUCAACAACAAAUAAUGGGUCGGGAUCAGAGUCAGAAUCAGGUUCGGAAUCGGAAUCUAAUUCAGAGUCAGCAGCAAUUCAACAGGCUGAACUAGCCACUUCAUGGCUAGCCAAUUUGGCCGUAGGGGACUCAACCAGAACCCACCCUUCUUUAGCUUUUACAUCCACAUUGAUUUUGGCAACCUCUCUAAUUCUCUCAUUCUUAAAAGCUUAUAAAUAAGAGUAGUACUCUACCAUCACCAUUUGCUUGCUUUGUUCAACUCUCAUCGUACAAUGGCAAAAGUCUUCUUGACACACAAACCAACACCACCAAAGACCAAGUUAUGGUGAUUUCGGGUGUCAAAUUAAUUAGCCUAAGGAAAGUUGAGGAAAUGAAGAUUGUAAACCACCCGCUUGCUUUCCAAAUCCUUCAAUGUUUAAUGGUAAAAUAUCAAUAUGUAUAGCAAAAUAAUUUCCUUAAUUCAUUUGUUCAUUGUUGAGUUA